GACGCGGAAGUCGGAGCGCGGUUGGCGUUGGCUGGCGCUGUAGUCGCAAACAUGGAUUCAGCUCACAGAAUGUGCCAGAUACUGUUCUGAUAACGUUUUAUAACUUUUCUCUGAACUCCCACAAUAAAUCUACAUGGUGGGUCCUGCUGUAAUAGCAUUUUAUGGAGGAAGAAACAGCACAGAGGGGUUAAGUCAUAUGUCUCAAGCUACACAGGGUGCAGUCGGUGGGAAGCCCGAGCCUGUGGGGUCAUCAUGCGUUGGUGUCUCCACACUAUGCUGUUGUAUUUUUAUAAAUGGGAAAAUACUGAUUUUUGUUAAACAGCGGUAAGAGGUGAGAGAAGUCGUACUUGGAUCUGUUAGGAUAUCAGAAAAGAAAGGAUUUGCAUCUGCAAAAUCAUUAGCUGCCAUCGAAGCCUGUUGGAGACCAGCCUGUGCUGGCUCCUUCAUGGUGUCGAUCACAGUUAACACUUAGUUCUGCACAGCUCGUUUUUCUUCAGACACAAGAGCCUCCCUGUGCCGGGUAUCAUGGAAGGGCUGCUGACAAGAUGCAGCGCGCUGCCCGCCCUGGCCACCUGCAGCCACCAGCUCUCUGGGUACGUCCCUCACAGGUUUCACCACCGCACCCCGGGGAGAGGGGAGCGCUUGGUGCUGUCCCGCAUGUUCCAGCCCCAGAACCUUCGGGAAGACCAGGUGCUCUCUCUCGAGGGCAGAUCUGGCGACCUGACCUGUAAGAGCCAGCGGCUGAUGCUGCAGGUGGGCCUGAUCUACCCGGCAAGCUCCGGCUGUUACCACCUCCUGCCUUACACUGUCCGAGCCAUGGAGAAGCUCGUGCGGCUGAUAGACCAGGAGAUGCAGGCCAUUGGGGGGCAGAAGGUCAACAUGCCCAGCCUCAGCCCAGCAGAGCUCUGGCGAGCCACCAACCGGUGGGACUUGAUGGGCAAGGAGCUGCUGAGACUGAGAGACAGACACGGCAAGGAAUACUGCCUAGGACCAACUCACGAGGAGGCCAUUACAGCCCUGGUUGCCUCCCAGAAGACACUGUCCUACAAGCAGCUCCCGUUCCUGCUGUACCAGGUGACGAGGAAGUUUCGGGAUGAGCCCAGGCCCCGCUUUGGUCUUCUCCGUGGCCGAGAAUUUUACAUGAAGGACAUGUACACCUUUGACUGCUCCCCCGAGGCCGCCCGGCAGACCUACCACCUGGUGUGUGGGGCCUACGACAGCCUGUUCCACAGGCUGGGGCUGCACUGUGUCAAGGUCCAGGCAGACGUGGGCAGCAUCGGGGGCACCAUGUCUCACGAGUUCCAGCUGCCGGUGGACGUCGGGGAGGACCGGCUUGCAAUCUGUCCCAGCUGCAACUUCGCAGCCAACAUGGAGACUCUGGGCUCGGCACAGACAAACUGCCCUGCUUGCCAGGGACCACUGACCGAAACAAAAGGCAUCGAGGUGGGGCACACGUUUUACCUUGGCACCAAGUACUCCUCCAUUUUCAAUUCCCAGUUCACCAAUGUCCACGGCAGACCAUCCCUAGCUGAAAUGGGGUGUUAUGGCUUGGGUGUGACACGGAUCUUGGCUGCUGCCAUUGAAGUUCUCUCUACAGAAGACUGCAUCCGCUGGCCCGGCCUCCUGGCCCCUUACCAAGUCUGUCUCAUCCCUCCCAAGAAGGGCAGUAAGGAGGAGGAGGCCACAGAGCUCACGGGGCACCUGUAUGACCACAUCACAGAAGCAGUGCCGCAACUCCGCGGGGAGGUCCUGCUGGACGACAGGACCCAUCUGACCAUCGGAAACAGACUGAAGGAUGCCAACAAGUUCGGCUACCCCUUUGUGAUCAUUGUGGGCAGAAGGGCCCUGGACAACCCUGCACACUUUGAGGUUUGGUGCCAGAACACCGGAGAGGUGGUCUUCCUCACCAGAGAGGGAGUCCUGGAAUUGCUGAGCCAAGUGCAGGUUGUCUGAACGCCCCCACCCCCACCCCAGGCCUGUCCCACUCCAUCUUGCAGCCUUGGUGUUCGUUCUAAUGCUGCAUUUCUUAUACUGCUUUCUGGGGCUGGUCCUCUCCAGAAACAGGACGGCUCCUGGAAGGUGAGACUAAGUUAGGAAAACCAGUUGUUACUCAGUCAUUUGUUUGGACUAUUUGUAUUUAAAGUUGCUAACUUGACCCCUUUGUCUGCACUGGCCAGCUGCCACAUGCCAUUCCUUUGAUAUUCCAUUGUGGAAGCUUCUGUUUCGAGGUAGAGUGGCAAGAAGGAGCCAAGCUGCCAUCUGGGCCCUCAGGCGAGUCACUUCCCUUCUCUCAGUGGAGUUUCCCACGUGUAGGAUGGGAGUGGCCGACGGCUGAGGCCCUUCUGGCUCCGGAAGUCUGACCAUGGGCCUCUUGCCUUCAGUCCAGCUCUCCUCCAUUAAGAAGCUGGGCUGAGGGUCUGGGGAGAAGAAUCAGGACACCUGACUGCCACCGACUGACUGGUGACUUGGACCCUCCCCUGCUGGGGCUUCAGUUUCCCCAUCUGUGACGUGAGAAAAUGGAACUAGAUCUGUAAGACCCUCACAGGUGUGACUGGCUGGUUCCCUGAGAGGUUUGUGACAGGCAGAUCUGGUCCCUCUGUUCCACCAUCAUCUAAGCUACCCAGAAAGUUAAUACAAUUAGCUAAUGGCUCAAAACCACCUCCAGAGACAUGGCCCUAUUGAGGCGGCUUAGCACUGAGAUCAUGUUGUAUUGAUUGAAUAAAGUCAAACUAUUGGGAUGAGCCUUGCGUGUUAAUUGGAACCAGUGGUAACAUUUUACCAGCGCAGGACUUCCUGCCUGGAGACUGUUUCCUUUUCUAUCGUUUCUCCACUCAAAAAAGAAAAUUGGGUGGCUGGGAAAAUGUGUUUUAAACCAUUUCUUCCCACAAGUGUCAGGGGCAGCAGGCUUCAAGUGCCGUAGCGACCUUGUCCUGGGUGCAGAGUUGGAGCCUAGAGCCAUGCACCACAGCGGUGAAUAUUAAGAGAAGGCCUCUGCCUGAGUCCUGGGGAGAACUGGGAGCAGGCUUGAGCUUUCAUUGCUCCUGCCCCCCAGGUUAGGAACAGAAUCAGGUUCUCUGUCCUUGGCCCCUAGGGUCGCCUAACAAGAGUCCAACCUAACAAGAGUCUAUCAGGGCCAAGCUCAAAGCGACUGCCUCCUGUAACAUGUCCGACAUUCCUGGCAGCCUUCCCCCUCCAGCUCCUGGCGCUGUCCCUUGCUCAGCACAGUCAGCCUCACUUCUUGCUUGGCGCACAGGUUGCUGUGGGGUGGUCCAGCUUCUUGUCGCUGAUGGGAUGAUCAGCUCCCUGAGGCCAGGGCCCUAGGCUGAUUCCUAGUGCACUGAAGUUCUUUUCUCUGCCUUCCAAACAGCUUCCCAGUAGCUGGUGACUGCUGUACCUGCCAGAGUAACCUUGCCCCCAGCACACACCAUCGGGUUUCUUAAUGAAUGUAGACACCAAGCCCUAAUGACUCCCAGGCCUGCCGCUGGGCUCUGAGCCAGCAUUCAGGCCAGGAGGCGGGAUUCUGAGAGCGGACCUAGAAAGGCUGGAUUAUAAGGCAGGGAUCUUACCCUUGGCUGCACAGUGGGAAUCCCAUGGGUCCCACUCCAAGGUUCUCUUCCAGGCUGUGGCCUGGGCAUCAGCAGUUUUAAAGCUCCCCAGAUGAUUCUAAUGCAUGAAGUCAAUGGAGAGCUCAAGGUACGGGUGGCCGCCUUCUGAGCCUGCGUUGCAGGCGACUAUUUGAGCGGUUUCGGUUGUGCGUUAGAUUGAUGUGAGUUCUCUGCUUUCAGUGGUCGGUCAGUUAUUUGUUGAGGGCCUGCAUGUGCCAUUGUCUGUGAGGUACUUUUAUAUACUAUGUUUAGACCUUCAAACUGUACAAGGUAGGUGCUGUGAAAUUCUCAUUUUACAGAUGAGGAGACCUGAAGCUCCAUUUGAGCAACGUCAUCAAGGAUGCACAGCUGUUUUCAUCAGAGCUGGAAUCUGAGUAUUGACCAAACCUGUGCCCUUCCCACUAUACUGCUUGGCCUCUGCCUAGGCGAAAUGAUUCCAAUAAAACCGGAUUAUUUACAUCUGUCUAAUUCAAGUUGGCCUAAAAUAGCUGAGAAAUUAGUAUUUAUGCAAACGAGUUCUUUUUUUUUAUUUUAAAUUUUUGCUCCAUAGUUUACGUAUUUAUAGAAGGCUAGCCUAAUGUAAGCGCUUUUAAAAACCAGAUUCAAGGAAUCGAGAACCAAUUAAUUUAAAACUCUUCAUAAAUGUGUACAUUAUAGAGUGAUUUGACGGUGAUGUAGAACUGUGGACCGUUAGAAUUGGAGCCUGCCUGUCCAACCCUCCUUUCACAGAUGGGAGACAGGCCUGGAGUGGGAAUUAACCUGCCGCAUCCCAUCAGACUGGCAAAAUGCCUGAUUGCAGGCCAGGUGCUACGUCCCCUAAAUUAGGCUACCUCAGGUCGAUCUUUUUGCAGGGAGAGAUGUCUGGCUGGAUCAGCCUUUGAGCUGCAAAAAGCCCUACAGGUUUAAAACAAAUACAUGCCCUCUAUUUUCCAAGGGAGACAGAUACAGGGAGCUCAGUGAUUUGCCCAAGGCCAAGCUGAACUGAAACCCGGGAGUCCUGACUACUUAGCCAGUGUUCCUUCCAUUAGCCAGGGACAGUAUAAUUUGGUGGAGAGAUCACAACCUUGAAGAGACAAUCCUAAAUCCACCAGUUAGCAGGAAUAUGACCUUAGACGAAUAACUUGUGCAUCUCAGAUUCUUCAUCUAUAAGAUGCACUCAGGAUAGUGGUACCCACCUCCUAGGGUUGUCUGGGGUUGGCUGAGCUGACUUACAUGAAAUGCUUAACCUUUAGUGUGCUCUCAGGAAACCCUUCCCUUACAUGGGACAACUUAGUAAACACCCCCAUGGGGAACUCAGGUCCCGCUGUUAACGUUUUCUGGAAAUGAUGCUUCACAGCCUUCCUGGAGAAUGCCACAAGCAAGAAUUAGGUAUCGCCUGUGGAAUGGUUCCAUCUCUGUAGAGACAAUAUUCAAAUCUUGUACCUUCCUCUUUCCUUUCUAAACUUUCCCAUGUUACCUCUCGCCAUAAAUUGAUGAAAUGGGGUUGCUGGCAAAAUAACAGGUACAGGCUGUGUUAUCAUUGCUCAUUCCUCAGGGAGUCGGAGCAGCAACUGGCUGGGAAAUAUUUGGCAGAAUUAAUACUUGGGGACAAAGUCUGGUGCAUAACAAAACCAUCAUGUAAAUCAAGCUUAGAAUGUAAAUCAAGGGCUCCAUUAAUAUUCGGUGUUUUAAUGGAAUAAACACCUGCUGGGCUGUCAAUAAAGGAGCUUUGCAGAAA